AUGGAAAAAACUUUUAAAGCAAAACUUAAAAAAUUACAAUAUUUUAAGCUUACUUUUUUACCUGGUUUUUGUACUAAACUAUUAAAAAAAGAAUUAGUGUUUACGAAAAAAGGAAAAUUGUCUGCUUUUUUAACUAAAUUACUAGAAAAACAAAAAUUAAAGUAUAAUUAUGGGCUUAAAGAAAAUCAAAUUAAAAAAUAUUUUAAAUAUAUUAAAUUAUUAAAAGUUUUUAAUUUGGUUCAAAUUAUUGAAUUACGUUUAGAUGCUACUUUAUUUAGAAUAGGAUUUGCAAAAUCUAUAAAUCAAGCUAAACAAUUAAUUACUCAUGGAUUUAUUUUUAUUAAUUCUAUUUUAAUUAAAAAUCCUAAUUUUCUUUUAACAGAAAAAGAUUUGAUUUAUAUAAAUCCUAAAAAAUCUACUAUUCUUUUAAUUUGUAGGAUUAAUUUAUUUUUUAGAUAUUAUAAUAAAUAUAAUUUAUAUAUUUAUAAUUUAUGUGUAGAAUAUUUAAAAUUUAAAUUACAAAAAGAAUUUUAUUUUAAAUUAUAUUUAUUUAUUUCUUUUAAUGAGACUUUAGUUAAAAAUUAUUAUAAAUUUUAA